CUGAUCUCACUGUCCGAUAUGAUGAACGUCCACCAGUCCCCACUUCCUUUACCCUUUCAAGUGCCGAAGAGAGCGCGUGUAGAGGCUGUGCUUAACUCCUUCGAAGCAAAUGGUCUGAUAUUGUAUGAAUUUCUCGAUGCUUGCCUUAGCGAUGAUCUGCGUCACAACCCCACAAAUCUCCAUAAAAUCAAGGGGUCUCUCCCUACGCUUGUUGGUCUCAUUAUUGAAAGGGAAAGCCUCCAAAAGUUGCUCCUUUACACUCGCCAACAACUCACGAAUGAGCUCGAUUGCCUAACAGACAUAGCCUCUGGCUUCCAUUUCUCAGCUUCAUCAAUGACACACAAGGAAGUUAAAUUUCCAUCUGUCCAGCGGAUAGCGAAGAAAUUCUCCCAUAAAGCUCCUACUUUGUGGCAUUUUAUUGGCUGUCUCCUUUCAGCGACAUUUACCCCUGGGGAAAUUGUUGAAAUGGAUAAAUGGGAGGACAUCAACGAUUUGGAAAACGAAAAUAAUGACGACGAUGAUUGCUGGUUAGAUUCUAGUGGCCUCCCACCUUCGUCUCAAAGGAGCCGAUCCCGUAGUGAGAAGCGGCAGUAAGGAUUACAGUCUGAUCUUACACCAAGUGCACCGAGUCCAGUUGCUUGCUGAGAGCCAAGGACAGUAAGUAGUGUUAUG